AAGAAACUUUCCCCUGUGUUUCUGAAAGCCCUCUCUGGAAAAUGGCGGAAAGCACGGCAGUCCUUAAACAUUUCCUGAGCUGCUAUGUUUGUUCAGAGACUUUCAGAGAUCCUGUGUCUCUGAGCUGCAACCACAGCUUCUGUUCAAGCUGCCUGAAGGAAUUCUGGGAACAGGCUGGAAACAAAAACUGUCCCAUCUGUAAAAGAAGAUCUUCCAAGGAAUUCAUAGAUGUAAAUUUUUCCCUGAAGGAAGUGACUGACUCAUUUGCAGGAAGACAAAAAUCUGGAUCAUCGAAAAAAGGUGAGGAACAGUUGAUGGUGGUCGGCAGUAAACAACAAGAACACCCUAAACUAUUCUGUGAAGACAAUCAGAGCGAAAAGGGGGAAAGCACGAGCAGAGAAAAACAAGCUAAGAUAGGGUCCUGCAGUAAACACCAAGACGUUCCUCACUUGUUCUGUAAAGACGAUCAGAGAGCAGUUUGUCCUGUCUGUGAGUUUUCUCUUCACCAGAAUCACAAAGUGGUUCCUCUAGAACAAGCAGUCAGUGAUCUGAAGGAGCAGCUGAAAUCUGACUUAAAGCCUCUGCAGGAAAAGAAGGACAAAUGCAAACAAGUGAAGAAAACAUAUGACGAUAUGUUUCAACACUCCAAGGAGCAGCUGUUUUCCACAGAGAGGCAGAUCAGAGCAGAGUUCACAAAGCUGCACCAGUUCCUGAAAGAGGAAGAGGAGUCCAGACUGGCAGCUUUGAGGGAGGAAGAGGAGCAAAAGAGGAAAACUAUCAGCAUAGAGAAGAAGAGGAUUCAGGAGCAGAUCUCCUCUCUGUCAGACAGUAUCUCUGCUGUUGAAGAAGACCUGCAGAAAAACAACAUGUUGUUCCUUAGCAGCUAUAAAGCCACUCAGAGCAGAGUCAGAGCCCAGAGCUCACUGUCAGAUCCACAGCUGCUCUCAGGAGCUCUGAUAGAUGUGGCCAAACAUCUGGGCAACCUGUCCUUCAGAGUCUGGGAGAAGAUGAAGGAGAAGGUCCAGUUCUAUCCAGUCAUUCUGGACCCAAACACUGCAUACCCUGGGCUUCAUUUGUCCGUGGAUCUGACCACUAUGAGACGUGGAGAAACAAAGCAGCAGCUUCCUGAUAAUCCAGAGAGAAACACCAACACUGGAACCGUGUUUGGUUCUGAGGGCUUUAGCUCAGGGAGGCACAGCUGGGAGGUGGAGGUGGGAGACCAUCCUGACUGGACUCUGGGUGUAGUUAAAGAGUCAGCUGAGAGGAAGGGUGCAAGAUGUGCUUCACCAAAACAUGGGAUCUGGAGUUUAUGGCACGGUCUUGGAAUAUAUACGGAUACUUUAGGAACGGUUAUCUCAGUGAAGAAGAGUCUUCACAGGAUCAAAGUCCAGCUGGACUAUGACAGAGGGGAGGUGUCCUUCUAUAACCCUGAAGACAUGACUCACAUCUACACUCACAGAGACACUUUCACUGAGAAGCUCUUCCCAUAUUUUGGUAUUAGACGAUCUGGUAGUGCUAAAACAUCUGAUGUCAAAAUAUUUUAUAGAAACAUUGCUCUUUAAGGUUUGGGGACUUUCAUCGCCAUGUGUGAGAUCACUUCUACUUCACCUAAUAUUGCCUCUACA